CACGGAAGUAACGUUUGACAUGUCGGUGUAUUGCUUCUGUGGUACAGAAAUGUUAAUAUAUUACCAAAAUGUUAAUAUAUUAGCUAACGAAUUAACGAGUUUGAAAUGUGCUAAAGAUACACUCAGAGCAGACACACAUCCAGAAUCUGUUUUCAUUCAUUUGUUCCAGAUUCGGUCUGUUUAUUGAGCAGCCAGUGAUUGACUGGGUGCAUGUGUCUUUUAUAUGAGAGAGCACUGAAGAUUUCAUUACACCAUGGGCCACAGGAGGAGAGGUCACACUCAUGCACCUAAAACACCUUCAUCUUUGGACACACACUCCUCCAGCACACACCGGCACGCUGAUCAUGAGCAGGGCAUGAAGCACAGGAUUUGUAUGGUGUCUGACUUUUUCUACCCAAACAUGGGUGGUGUGGAGAGUCACAUCUAUCAGCUCUCACAGUGCCUCAUAGAGAACGGCCACAAGGUUGUCAUCGCAACACAUGCGUAUGGAGACCGCCGUGGGAUUCGCUACCUGACAAAUGGCUUGAAGGUGUAUUACCUACCACUACAGGUUAUGUAUAAUCAGUCCACGGCAACCACCUGCUUCCACAGUUUGCCGCUACUCCGGUGCGUGUUUGUGCGCGAACGCAUCACAAUUGUUCACGCUCACAGCUCCUUCUCCGCAAUGGCCCAUGAUGCUCUGUUUCACGCCAAGACUAUGGGACUCAACACUGUAUUUACAGAUCACUCUCUCUUUGGAUUUGCGGACCUGAGCUCUGUACUGACCAAUAAGCUGCUGACUGUCUCUCUGUGUGAUACCAAUCACAUUGUGUGUGUGUCAUACACUAGUAAAGAAAACACUGUACUGCGAGCUGCUCUUGACCCUGAAAUCGUCUCUGUCAUCCCCAAUGCUGUCGACCCCACUGACUUCACCCCUGACCCCUGUCGCCGUGACGACAGCAAGAUCACAAUUGUGGUCAUCAGUCGGCUGGUUUACAGGAAAGGAAUUGAUUUACUAAGUGGAAUCAUUCCUGAGCUAUGUGGAAAGCAUCCAGAUCUCUGCUUUCUGAUUGGUGGAGAGGGACCCAAAAGAAUUAUCCUGGAAGAGGUUCGAGAGAAAUAUCAGCUUCAUGAUAGGGUUCGUCUGCUGGGAGCUCUGGAUCAUAAAGAUGUGAGGGAUGUUCUUGUUCAGGGUCAUAUCUUUCUCAACACUUCUCUCACGGAGGCCUUCUGUAUGGCUAUAGUGGAGGGAGCCAGCUGUGGACUGCAGGUGGUGACCACGCGUGUUGGAGGUAUACCUGAAGUCCUGCCAGAUGAGUUGGUGACUCUGUGUGAACCAUCAGUUCAUUCACUUUGUGAUGGCUUGGAAACUGUAAUUGCAAAAAUACGCACAAGAAAUGUGGCUUCCCCUGCCACCGUCCACCGCAAGGUCCGAACACUGUACACUUGGAGAAACGUUGCCGAGCGCACAGAAAAGGUGUAUAAUCGGGUGUGCAGGGAGCCCGUUUUGCCAUUGUCUGAUCGAUUGCAUAGACUGCAGUCCCACUGUGGUUCGGUGGCAGGCUCCAUUUUCUCCUUUGUUGCAGUCAUCAACUUCCUCUUCCUGCUUUUCCUGCAGUGGCUCUGCCCAGAUCAUCUGAUUGAUGUUGCUAUAGACUUAUCAGGCCCUCACAGCCACAUAGGGCAGCAGCUUAAUAAGAAGAAAAGUAAAACACAAAACCCAGCUGUGUCCUGACUAAGGAUCUAACAUAAAUUCGCAUUAGUCUCAUGAUGAACUUUAUGUGGGAGGAGAAGGAUGCAAGUAAUGAACUGAACUAAAACUGUAGUACCGGUACGUUAUAGCGUACUAUGGUACAUCAAAACAUGUGCAGACUACUGUUUACAUUCAUGUGUAAAGAGACCUCAGGUAAAGAGAAAGCUUUUAAAAGCUAUCGUCAGCCACUCUUGCUUUUGCACAUUGAAUAGCUGCCUUCAACUAAACCCCCACCAGAUAAUAGUUUAAACUUUUUAAUAUUGUUCCCCAAAUAUCUUUAAAUGUCUACAUUCAAGAUAAAUGACAAACUUACAUUUUUGUAUUUACAUUUUGCCAGCUUACUUUUUUUGUCUCACAGCAUAUCUGUAUGGUGUAGAUGUGAUUCAAAAUAACAUAAAUUAAUUUGUGUUAAUUUAUUUCAUCUGACAGUGCUUGUUUCUCUUUAAGCCAGUUCUUACUUAAAUUGCUGGUUUUAAUUGGCUGACUUUGGAUAAUGGUGUGAAUGUAUUUGAACUUUUUUUGGUUCAUAUGCAGCACAUUUGAUUUAGGGACUAAAUUUUAGGGACUAGACUUUACUUUUCAUACUUGAUUUGUUUAUCACACCUGUUUUAUAUCGACCUUCUCUGUGAGUAUUGUGAACAUGAUUAUAAUGCACAAAAGUUCAUACUACCUGAAAAAAGUGGGAAUUUGAGUUAUUUUUUUUGACACAAUCUACAAUAAACUUUAUUAACAUUCCAUAAGUACACAUUCUUUUAUUAUUUAUAUGAAUAUAUUGGUCAGUGCUUUUAGGAUUUUGUCCACACAAUAAUAUACAUUCAAAGGGGUCAUCGGAUGCCCAUUUUCCACAAGCUGAUAUGAUUCUUUAGGGUCUUAAUGAAAAGUCUAUAAUAUACUUUGGUUAAAAAUGGUUGUGUAAAACAACACCCUUUUUACCUUGUCAAAAAUGAGCUCUGCAAAAAUCAACCCAUUCUGAGUGUUUUUUUUUUUUACGUCACUUUGUGAUUCCCCAAUCCCUGUACCGGGAAACCCGGAAGUAUGUGGAAGCAAGUUAUGGCAUUUUCUUGGAUCUAUUUAAAAUAAUAGGUUAUUGUCCUUUGUUUUACUAAUACAUGUUUUCUUAUUUUUGUAAAGGAUGUCUAGGCUAAAAUGGCACAGCUUAAUUCUAAUAUAUUUAUUAUGUCUAAUAUACAGAGCUGAUUUGGUAAUAUGCUUGCAUUGACUA